AUGCGUUCCAGCAGCUGCAUAUCCUGAGUAAAAACAUCCCCACACCAGAGUCAAGAUGGGGAUUUUGCAACACAAACCUAGAACUUCUGGGGGUCACGCAUCACAAGUUGCAGUCCGUAGUGUAGUGCAGGUUCGCAAGGCCAGCUGCAUCAGAAAUCCAUCUGCUCAUCCUGUUUACAGCAUUACAAAUUCGAAAACACGACUAAAAAUGCUUCUCCUGGCGAUGCGCAUUACAAAUGUUCCUGUCAUUGCAAAUCUGCAUGACAACUCUGGUGUGGGGACGUUUUUACUCAGGAUACUGCAAUUACGGCAGGCAAAGGCGCUCGCGAAUCUGCAAACCAAGCACCGCUGCGAGCUGGCGCAGUUGGAAGCAAAAUGCAGGAACACGGCGAGGAAGCAACAUGCAGGAAUAUUACAGGACGGAAGCGAAAUCUUCGAAACAGAUGUUGCUCAGCGACUGCAGGGCAAAACUUUGCUGCAGACAACCAGCAGGGAAAACAGUCCGCGGGGAGGACGAGCCGUCCCAUCUUCACAUAGAAGUCCUCGCUGCAAAAGUCCUACUUUCCUCGCUUCGGGCAAGUUGUUCGAGGUGGAUAGGGCUGCUUAUAGCGAAACGUCAUUUUUCAAUACCAGUAUUAGUGAAGAGUUUGCUUCCAAAGAACUAA